AAAAGAUCUGGCGCCAGUCCACCAGGAACAUUCCAGAACCCUAAAAACUCGGCCAACGUAUAAACGCUCCCAUUUCGCGCCUCACUAUAUAUACCUAAACCAAACUUCCAUCUCCUCCGCCCUAAUUCAUUUCUCAUUCUUCUCAUUCAUUUUCCUCUCCCUUCUACUAUUCUUUAAUCGUCUGAAAGUAGUCUAUAGCUUUCAGUAAACAAUGGCCGGAAAAGGUGAAGGACCGGCGAUCGGAAUCGAUCUCGGAACGACCUACUCUUGCGUCGGCGUCUGGCAGCAUGACCGCGUGGAAAUCAUCGCCAAUGACCAAGGAAACAGGACGACGCCGUCUUACGUCGGGUUCACCGACAGUGAGCGUCUCAUCGGUGAUGCGGCUAAGAACCAGGUCGCCAUGAAUCCGACCAACACCGUCUUCGAUGCUAAGCGUCUAAUUGGUAGGAGAUUCACUGAUGCCUCUGUACAGAGUGACAUCAAGUUGUGGCCCUUUAAGGUUAUUUCUGGACCUGGGGAGAAGCCCAUGAUUGUUGUCAAUUACAAGGGUGAGGAGAAACAGUUUGCUGCUGAGGAAAUCUCAUCCAUGGUUCUCACCAAGAUGAAGGAAAUUGCUGAGGCAUACCUUGGUUCAACUGUCAAAAAUGCCGUUGUCACUGUCCCAGCUUACUUUAAUGACUCACAGCGUCAGGCAACAAAGGAUGCUGGUGUUAUUUCUGGCCUCAAUGUUUUGCGUAUCAUUAAUGAGCCCACCGCAGCAGCUAUUGCUUAUGGGCUUGACAAGAAAGCAACAAGUGUUGGUGAGAAGAAUGUGUUGAUUUUUGAUUUGGGUGGUGGUACCUUUGAUGUUUCUCUUUUGACCAUUGAAGAGGGUAUUUUCGAGGUCAAGGCCACAGCUGGUGACACUCAUUUGGGAGGUGAAGAUUUUGAUAACAGGAUGGUGAACCACUUUGUGCAAGAGUUUAAGAGGAAGAACAAGAAGGAUAUUAGUGGAAACCCCAGAGCUUUGAGGCGUUUGAGAACUGCUUGUGAAAGGGCGAAGAGGACUCUGUCUUCAACUGCUCAGACCACAAUUGAAAUCGAUUCUCUCUUUGAGGGUAUUGACUUUUACUCCACCAUCACCAGAGCCAGAUUUGAGGAGUUGAAUAUGGAUCUCUUCAGGAAGUGUAUGGAACCAGUUGAGAAAUGUUUGAGGGAUGCAAAGAUGGACAAGAGCACUGUCCAUGAUGUUGUGCUUGUUGGUGGAUCAACCCGUAUUCCCAAGGUGCAGCAGUUGUUGCAGGACUUCUUCAAUGGAAAGGAGUUGUGCAAGAGCAUCAACCCCGAUGAGGCUGUUGCAUACGGAGCUGCUGUACAGGCUGCCAUUCUUAGUGGCGAGGGUAACGAGAAAGUUCAGGACUUGUUGUUGCUGGAUGUCACCCCUCUCUCCCUUGGUUUGGAAACCGCCGGAGGUGUCAUGACUGUUUUGAUCCCAAGAAACACAACAAUCCCGACCAAGAAAGAGCAAGUUUUCUCCACUUACUCCGACAACCAGCCUGGUGUGUUGAUUCAGGUUUAUGAAGGUGAAAGAACUAGAACCCGUGACAACAAUUUGUUGGGCAAGUUUGAGUUGUCUGGUAUUCCACCAGCUCCCAGGGGUGUGCCUCAGAUCACUGUCUGCUUUGACAUUGAUGCCAAUGGUAUCUUGAAUGUGUCAGCCGAAGACAAGACAACUGGGCAGAAGAACAAGAUUACAAUCACCAAUGACAAGGGAAGGUUGUCAAAGGAUGAGAUUGAGAAGAUGGUUCAGGAAGCUGAGAAAUACAAGGCUGAGGAUGAGGAACAUAAGAAGAAGGUUGAAGCUAAGAAUGCACUGGAAAACUAUGCUUACAACAUGAGGAAUACUGUGAAGGAUGAGAAGAUUGGCUCAAAGCUCAGCCCAGCUGACAAGAAGAAGAUUGAGGAUGCCAUUGAUGCUGCCAUCUCAUGGCUCGACAGCAACCAGCUCGCUGAAGCCGAUGAGUUUGAAGACAAGAUGAAGGAGCUUGAGGGCAUUUGCAACCCAAUCAUCGCCAAGAUGUACCAAGGUGCCGGCGGUGAUAUGGAUGGUGCUCCCAUGGAUGAUGAUGUUCCUCCUACCUCUGGAAGUGGAGCUGGCCCCAAGAUUGAGGAAGUUGACUAAAUUGAUUGAAAAUUUUCUUCUUUUAGUAUUAUUUUAAUUUAUCAGUAACCAAUGGCUGCCAUAUAUGUGGCAUGAAAACAUGAUCAUUUGCUGGUGUCCUUUUGGAUUCUGGUAAUCGAGAUGCCAGCAAUUUUUGAACCUUAGAUCUUUAUUAUAUUCUUGCUCUUUUGAAUAUGUGAGUCAUUGUGCGUGAUGGAAUUCAGUAGCAUUGAAUUUAUGAACCAUUGCUUUUGAGUUUUGAUAUUGAAUGAAAAUUUCUAGGUAAAGAGAGGUGCAAAACGUGUUAGGUUAUUCAGAUACUGUUGAAGUCUUGUUUUGUGCAAUGAAUUUGAAUUAUCGAUUUGCUAUAUAGUUGGUCAUAAAAUUAGCAACCUCGUUUUGAAAAAGC